CAGCUCUGAAAGUUAGGAUGCCCGACGGGGCCGGACCGCGUCGGAGCUGCCGCCCCCAAAACCCCGAGCGCUCUCCGUCGCAGCUCCCCGGGCCCCCUCGCCUCCUCCCUGGGGCUUCCCUCAGCGGGCCGAGGUGGCCGCGCCGGGAGAGCGCUGCGGCUCUGGUGCCACCUGUCAUCCUGGUCCUCUGCACGCACGUUCAAUUUUCCCUCCUUUGCCUCCCUCUGGGGCCCAGCCCGCUUUCCCCGCCUCCUUCGCUCCGCAGCAGCCGGGCGUACAGUUACCGACGUCCACCGGCGGCCCCGGCACUGUGGCAUCUUGACCCAUCCCGGCUGAGGCCUCUUAACCCUGCUCUCCUGUGGUGGCUCACUCCUUCCCUUGGGGGCAGCGGUGGAGAUCCCGGCCCUCAGCAGUUGUCCUUCGCGCUGCCUCAGAAGCCAAGGAACCGAAGAGCUCAGGGAAGAGGCAGACUCCUGGCUGCCCAGGUGUAGGGAGCCAUUCCUGCCGGCAGCCCUGCCUUGCCGCCCUUCCCAGUGACUCCAGCUUGCUCUACGUUCGCUUCCCACCCAAACAAGCCUGGCUGGGGCUGAGGGGUUGGGGGUGGGCCGACAGUCUCCCCUAGAGCCACAGGACUGACUGCAGUGUGGGAACAGGCCUCUGAGACCGCCCGUUUCCCAGCCCUGUUUUACACAAGGGCACACCGAGGCCCAAAGGAGUGACAUGCCUUGCCCAAGGUCACACAGCAGGUGACUGGAUCAGGGCCAGGAUCCAGACAUCUUGUCUCCCAGUGCAGUGCCUUCCAGGGAGCUCAUCUUUUGGGUUCUUGCCCCCUGUGCUUCCCCGUGGCUCAUGACCAGUUCCAGGCUCAGUAAGGCCAGUACAUGUCAUCUCAGAAAUGGCAGAAUCUGCUGAGGGGCUCUGGCCCAGGUGGGCUGUCAAGUCCCAGGCAUUCUAGGGAAGGGGUGACCGACCCACACUGGAGCAUCCCACCCACGCGGGUCCUUGGAGUCACAUGUAGGCAGGCAGCAUGGAGCCCAGUUGUAGGUUGGCACUUGCCUUACUGGUUUGAGGCGCCUUUGUGCUGCCAGGGCGGUGCCCACUCUGUGCCAGGGUGCUUCGGGCAUGUGCCUAAGAAGCCCAUGCUUUGGUGGUUAUGCUCCAGGGACCCACUCUGGGAGAGCCCCAUGAGGGCAGGAGAGUGAUGGAGAGUACACCCAGCUUCCUGAAGGACACCCCAGCCUGGGAGAAGACAGCCCCUGAGAACGGCAUCGUGGGACAGGAGCCGGAUACCCCGCCGCAAGAUGGCCUGCACCCUGCGGCAAUGUGCCUGAGAGAGCCCGCUCCCUUCUGGAGGGGUGUCCUGAGCACUCCAGGCUCCUGGCUUCCCACUGGCUUCCCCCAGAGCCCCAAGGACAUGCUCCCACUGGUGGAGGGUGAAGUCCCCCGGAAUGGGGAGAGAAAGGCUGGCUGGCUGGGCAGCAGGGAGGGGCUGCGCUGGAAGGAAGCGAUGCUUACCCAUCCACUGGCAUUCUGCGGGUCUGCGUGCCCACCUCGCUAUGACCCCCUGAUUCCUGAGCAUGGCGGUAGCCAUCCCAAGAGUGACCCUGUGGCCUUCCGGCCCUUGCACUGCCCCUUCCUUCUAGAGACCAAGAUCCUGGAGCGAGCUCCCUUCUGGGUGCCCACCUGCUUGCCACCCUACCUAGUGUCUAGCCUGCCCCCAGAGCAUCCACGUGACUGGCCUCUGGCCCCACACCCCUGGGUGUACUCCGGGGGCCAGCCCAAAGUGCCCUCUACCUUCAGCUUAGGCAGCAAGGGCUUUAACCACAAGGAUCCAAGCAUUCUCAGGCUGGCAAAAGAGCCACUGGCAACUGUGGAACCUGGGGUUUUGGGCUUAGCCCCUGGUGGGCACCUCCAAAGAACCAGGGAAGUGGAACACCCUUCAGUCCACCAGAGGGAUGGAGAGACAGGAGUCAGCAGGCAUCAGAAUCUUUGUCCCCUUCUCCUGGGGCAUCCAGACACUGUUCCCCGGACCCCCUGGCCCACUUGCUCCCCAGGCCUGGUUCAUACUCUUGGCAAUGUCUGGGCUGUACCAGGAGGUGGGAGCCUUGGGUACCAGCUGGGGCCAUCAGCCACAUCAAAGUGCCCCUCUCCUGGGCCUCCUGCCACCCAGGUGGGCUGUUGCUCAUCUCACCCACCCACUAGAGAUGGAAGUCUUGGCCCUUGUGGGAAGUGCCAGGAGGGCCUGGAGGGGGACACCAGUGGGCCCAGUGAAUCCAGCGAGGAAGCAAACAAGGCCCCUGGUCCCAGGGCCUGCCCACCCAGCCAUCACACCAAACUGAAGAGGACAUGGCUCACACGACACUCUGAGCAGUUUGGGUGCCCAGAUAGCUGCCCUGGGGAGGAGGAGAGCCCAGCCACUCAGCUGCGGGCCCUCAAGAGAGCAGGCAGCCCGGAGGUCCAGGGAGCAGUGGGCAGCCCAGCUGCCAAGCGCCCACCCGGCCCUUUCCCAGGGCGAGGGGCCAGAGGUUGGCAGGAGGUGCUGGACUCAUCAUUUGGGAACAAGGCGGAGACAGAACAGCAUGAUGACCACAGAGGACCGGGAGACGGCAGGGCCAGCCUCCAGGACCCAGGGCUUUCUGAUACACCUUGCGCGGCUCCCCCAGUGGGCAUCACUCAGUGUCAAAGCUGUGCCCAGGCAGCUGGCGAGGCGGGAGGGCUGGCCUGUCACUCCCAGCCAGUACCCAGGUUGCCUCUGGGAGGGGAGCAGCAGCAGGAGGAAGACUCGGCAGCCAGCUCUGAGGAGGGAAGAGGGUCUGGCUCGGAGGCCGGGCUCAGCGUGGGCCUCGCCAAGCACCUGCUAAGUGCUUUGGGAGAGCGACUGUGCCGCCUGCUGCGGAGGGAGAGGGAGGCCCUGGCCUGGGCCCAGCGGGAAGGCCAGGAGCCAGCGGGGGCAGAGGACAACCCGGGCAUUCCACGCUGCUGCAGCCGCUGCCACCACGAACUCUUCAACACCCAUUGGCGGUGCCCCCGCUGCAGCCGCAGGCUGUGUGUGGCCUGCGGCCGCAUGGCAGGCGCUGGGAGGGCCAGGGAGAGAGCAGGCUGUCAGGAACAGUCCACGGAGAAGUGUGCCCAGGAGGCUGGGCACAGUGCCUGUUCCCUGAUGCUUACCCAGUUUGUCUCCAGCCAGGCUUUGGCAGAAUUAAGCACUGCAGUGCACCAGGUCUGGGUCAAGUUUAACAUCCGGGGGCACUGCCCUUGCCAAGCUGAUGCCCGGGUGUGGACCCCUGGGGAUGGGGGCCAGCAGAAGGAGCCGACGGUGGAAACUCCCCCAACUCCUCAGCCUUCCUGCAACGGAGAUGCCAACAGGACCAAGGACAUCAAAGAGGAGACUCCAGACUCCACGGAGACCCCAGCAGAGGACCGUGCUGGCCGAGGGCCCCUGCCUUGCCCCUCUCUCUGUGAACUGCUGGCCUCCACUGCUGUCAAACUCUGUCUGGGGCAUGAACGGAUACACAUGGCCUUCGCCCCUGUCACCCCAGCCCUGCCCAGCGACGACCGCAUCACCAACAUCCUGGACAGCAUCAUCGCGCAAGUCGUGGAGCGGAAGAUCCAGGAGAAAGCCCUGGGGCCUGGGCUGCGGGCUGGGCCAGGCCUGCGCAAGGGCCUGGGCCUGCCCCUCUCACCGGUGCGGCCCCGGCUGCCUCCCCGCGCUUUGCUCUGGCUGCAGGAGCCCAGGCCUCGGCGGGGCUUCCAUCUCUUUCAGGAACACUGGAGGCAGGGCCAGCCCGUGUUGGUGUCAGGGAUUCAGAGGACACUGCAAGGCCACCUGUGGGGGACGGAAGCUCUUGGGGCCCUUGGAGGCCAGGUGCAGGCACUGACUCCCCUCGGGCCUCCGCAGCCCGCAGGUCUGGGCAGCGCAACAUUCUGGGAGGGAUUCUCCCGGCCUGAGGUUCGUCCAAAGUCAGAUGAGGGCUCCGUCCUCCUGCUGCACAGAGCUCUGGGGGACGAGGACACAAGCAGGGUGGAGAACCUGGCCGCCAGCCUGCCCCUCCCAGAGUACUGUGCCCACCAUGGGAAACUCAACCUGGCUUCCUACCUCCCACCGGGCCCUGUCCUGCGUCCACUGGAGCCCCAGCUGUGGGCAGCCUAUGGUGUGAGCCCACACCGUAGGCACCUGGGGACCAAGAACCUCUGUGUGGAGGUGACUGACCUGGUCAGCGUCCUGGUAUGUGCUGAAGCCCCACUGCCUGCCUGGCACCAGGCACAGAAAGACUUCCUCUCAGGCCUGGAUGGGGAGGGGCUCUGGUCUCCGGGCAGCCAGGUCAGCACCGUGUGGCAUGUGUUCCGGGCACAGGACGCCCAGCGUAUCCGCCGCUUUCUCCAGAUGGUGUGCCCUGCUGGGGCCGGAAACCUGGAGCCUGGCACCCCAGGCAGCUGCUACCUGGACGCAGGGCUGCGGCGGCGCCUGCGGGAGGAGUGGGGUGUGAGCUGCUGGACCCUGCUGCAGGCCCCUGGAGAGGCCGUGCUGGUGCCCGCGGGGGCUCCCCACCAGGUGCAGGGCCUGGUAAGCACAGUGAGCGUCACUCAGCACUUCCUGUCCCCGGAGACCUCUGCCCUCUCUGCUCAGCUCUGCCACCAGGGACCCAGCCUGUCCCCUGACCACCGCCUGCUUUAUGCCCAGAUGGACUGGGCUGUGUUCCAAGCAGUGAAGGUGGCUGUGGGAACAUUGCAGGAAGCAAAAUAGAGGGAGCCCAGGUGUCUGGGGUAGGGGUGAGGGACAGGCAGACCAGUGCUCAGCUUCAGCAGAGACUGGCACUGGGGGACUUGGGGACUUUGGGUCAAUUCCGCAAGCACCACUCUGGGCACAAGCAGGGCACCCCGUUCCCUGCCCCUGAUCUGGGCCCUAACAAAAACAACCACAGUGCCACCAAAGCUCACACCUGCCCUUUGCAGGCUGGCACCUGCUCCACCCCUGCGCCCCUCUCCAUGGUACCAGCCCCACACUAGGGGUGACUGUCUCCCUCCAACCCCUGCCCCCACCCCGACCCAGGGGACAAACAGCCCUUCCUUGGGGACCUCGGGAAUCAUUCUGGCUUAAGCAACACCUGCUGCUGCUGCCUCUUCUGCUCUCUCACCUGUGCCCAAACUCUGCUUACACCACCCACAUCCUCUCGAGCUCCUGGGGGGGCCCUUUGCACUGCAAGCGUGCUGGACAAGGGGCUACCGACAUCCUGCCCUCUGGCCAGAAAGCUGUGAAGUGUGAGGAGGGGGUGGCAUCAGGACACUGCACAGGCUUGGCUGGAGGGGAUGGUACAGGCGAGUCCCUGUCCCUGCUCCCUCCUCUUGCCUCCCUCCUUUCUCAAUUUCCAUUAAAGGCUGUUGUUUUGUGAA